AUGUUAGUUUCAUUAGGGAUACGAUCGCGUGUGCUGAGUUUAGAAAACAAAUGUUUGCUAAGGUUUCUGAAAUUGUCGGUUAUGCCAAACGGAAUGUCUGAUUAUCCAUACGAGAAAACCGUGACUGCUUUCGAUUCAUCCAGUCUAAGAUUUACCACUUCAGUACGUAUAUCCAUCUCAAAUCCUGUUCUAAAUGCGAGUAUCCUGCACGAAGGAAGGAGGUUUAUUCAUGCUACUAAAACAAGGUACGAUACUUCCCUUCCUGAAAAUGAUGAAAAACUGAUAAAAGCGAAGGAAGCAGUCCAAAAGGAGCAUAGGGAAGCAAAACCUACAGGAUUAUUCGCAAAAUUGAAAUAUUAUUUGAAGCGCUACUGGUAUAUCGCUAUCCCAAUACACAUUGCAAACUGUGUCAUUUGGUUUAUUGUCCUUUAUGUCGCUGUCAAAAGCGGUCUUGAUGUUGUUGCAUUGCUGGAGAAAUGUCAUGUGCCUAAUUAUGUUGUUGAAAGAGUAAAAUCAGUUCCUCCGAACGCAGGAGUUGCUGUUGUAGCCUUUCUACUGUACAAGAUCGCUACUCCCUUUCGUUAUGCUGCUACUUUGUUGUUAAUACAGCUUAGCUUCCCAAUUCUUCGACGACUCGGUUUAAUGACGGCAAAGGAAGUGAAAUAUAAGAUGCGAUUGAAAUAUACAAACAAAAGCCGAACAUUGACGGCGAACUUUGGACCGUUUCAUCAAACAUCGCUGAGGUUGAAUAUUCAAUAUAUUGAAUUUACUGAAACAUAUAUAAAUGUUUGUAUCAAGAGCAUCUCAAUAAACAAAGCGAAAUAUAACACUCAUGCGAUCAAUGAAGGAUUAACUUCGCAACUUCUUCAAAGGAGCGCAGUAGAAAGUUGGAGGUAUCUUACAGUAGCGAAUAUUGCCAGUGGUGGAGCUGUCAUCCUGAUCUGUCAAUUUAUAUAUACUCAUAUAUAUCUGCAGAAGAAAAUCCAAGCAAAAAUUCGGAAAUUCUCUCAUUACAGAGGAGCUUUCACAGUGUUAUCGAAACACAAAAAAGCAAUCGAAUUUUUGGGACUACCACUUACUGUUGGAGAAGUUGAUUUGGUGGAUAGAAAAAGGAAUUAUAUCGAUGAACGGAAGUCUGAGUUGCGAAUCCCAAUUUGUGGAGAACGUGAUGGCGGAAUAAUGGUAGUUCGAGCAGAACGUGAUGAAGGUGGUGAAGACUUUGAGACCGCGCAAAUUGAGCUUGAGCUCGAUGAAGCGGGGCAUAACAUUGUCAUUUACGAUAAUGGGAAGUGGUCUGGAAGAACAAAUAAUCUUUCGAAGUCCAUGUGGAUUAAGGGUACUCUUUUAUCACUGACAAAUAUGCAGUGGCCUUCAUGGUUACAACCGUAUGUAGAAGUCUUACUGUUAUGGAUUUCAUGGGCAAUUGAUUAUGUUGAUUGGGAUUAUUUGGAGUAUCUUAUUUGGCUCUUCCUGCCACUACUAGUCGCUUUCAUAUUACCAGUCCUUCUUCUUCUUUUUAUAUAUGGUUGUGUUAUUUUUCUUCAUAUUUAUGGCUUGCGGAAUCGCAUUCGAGAGGCUUAUGCUAGUAGUUUAUGGGAUGGUGCACGCAUCAGUAUUGCAUCUUUCUGGGAUGCAGUAGGAUAUGUCUGGCAUGGUUAUGAAAUAAAAGGUUUGGAAAAUGUGCCUAAUGAAGGUUCUGCUCUACUUGUAUAUUACCACGGAACUUUACCAAUAGAUGUAUAUUAUGUUAUUGCGAAAUGUAUGCUUCAUAAGAAACGUACUCUGCAUUGCGUUGGUGAUAAAUUCAUCUUCAAAAUGCCGGGAUGGGGAAUGAUUUGUAAGGUCUUUUACAUAACUCCCGGAACGGUAGAAGAUUGUAUGGCACGGUUGAAAGACGGCCAUUUGCUAUGCAUUGCACCCGGUGGUGUUCGUGAAGCUUUGUUUUCUGACCCCACUCGUUAUAACAUCAUGUGGGCUCGUCGUCUGGGCUUUGCUAAAGUCGUCAUUGGUUGUCCAGAAACGCCUGUAAUUCCGAUGUUUACUGAAAAUUGUCGUGAUGCUUUCCGUACUCCGCGUUGUGGACGAAAAAUUUUUCGAUGGAUAUAUGAGAAAACACGAUUACCACUUUGCCCAGUAUAUGGUGGUUUCCCAGUUAAAAUGAUAACACAUCUGGGCAAACCUAUGUAUUUUUCUUCUGAUAUAAAUCCAGAAGAUGUCAAAAAAACUGUGAAAGAAGAGGUGCAUGACUUAAUUAGAGAACAUCAGCGGUUACCUGGAAGUAUAUUGCGCGGAAUCAUGCAGAGGCUACAUCACACUGGGUGGUUUUAUGAUAAGCGACGCUGUAAGCAGGAUGUGUUAUUAGAAGAAAUAACUUGUAAUAAUCUGUGCUCAAAUAACAUUACUCACAGCAACAGCAUUGCUUCCUCAGAAUCCGGUCAGUUGUCAUCGCCAGAAAUUUUGAUUUCUCAUGCAGGUGGUGGAGUGUCGCUCGAUAUCAACUGA